GACGCGUCGCUGUCAGGCGCUCAGAGCUGCGACUGUGACAAAGUCAGAGUCAGGCAGCGGCUCUUACACGGAAAAUGACAGGAAAUCACUUCAGUCACGUCUCCGGCCGUUUGGCAGGUGUGUGACUGCAACUCACUGAUGAAGCAUCCACCGCAGCACACUCGCUCUGAUAAUUAACCCGAGGAGCCGGUGAUAACGGGACUGUGAGGACGGAAGCGCUGACGCGAUGGGGAACCCGCUUUAAACAGUCGGACGCGCCCUCAGUAACUUUCUGAGUCCAACAUGAAGAAGAGGUGGAUGCGACGGAUGCUGCCCGCCUUCAUUUUCACCCUGUCCGUCUUCCUCUAUGUGGAUUUUCAAUUAAGCGGCAGCAGCAGCGUGCGCCGCCUGGUCCAGCGCGUGCUCCGGCUGUCUCCAUCCUCGGCGAGGGACGCGCAGGCGCUGCCUCCCACCAUCAGAGCGGACGGAGCGGACGAGCUGAAGCAGCAGGACGUCUUCAUCGCCGUGAAAACCAGCGGCAAGUUCCACCAGACGCGCCUCGCGCUGCUGCUGGAGACGUGGAUCUCCAGAACCAAGGAGCACACGUUCAUUUUCACGGACACAGAGGAUGUGGAUCUGAGUUCAGAGGGCUUCAACAUGGUGGUGACCGGCUGCCAGUCCGAUCACAGCCAACAGGCUCUGUCCUGCAAGAUGGCGGCCGAGUACGACGGCUUCAUGGCGUCAGACAAGAGGUGGUUCUGCCACGUGGACGAUGACAACUACGUGAACGCGGAGGCCCUGCGGUCGCUGCUGUCGACGUUCCCUCAGGACGGAGACGUGUACGUGGGCAGAGCCAGCCUGGACCGACCCAUCACCGCCCACGAGCAGCUGGAGGGCAACGCCACGAGGGAGGUCAGCUUCUGGUUCGCUACGGGAGGAGCAGGGUUCUGUCUGAGCCGACGGCUGGCGGAGAGGAUGGUUCCUUGGGCCCGCGGCGCUCGCUUCCAGCAGACGUCGGCCUCCAUCCGUCUCCCUGACGACUGCACCGUGGGCUUCAUCGUGGAGAAGAGGCUCGGCGUCUCCAUGGUUCACUGCCCUUUGUUCCACUCGCACCUGGAGAACCUGCUGCUCGUCAGCCAGAGGAGCGUGAGCCGCCAGGUGACGCUGAGUUACGGGAUGUUUGAGAACAAGAUGAACAGCAUCCAGGUGAAGGGGAGCUUCUCCAAGGAGGACGACCCGUCCAGGUUUCGCAGCGUCCACUGCAUCCUGUACCCUCUGACCAGCUGGUGUCCCUGAACUCAGCACAGGGCCGCUUUAUAGCACAGGGCCAGGCUUCAGCUGCAGGACUGAGACCCGGUGCAGGACUGAAACCUGGUUCAGGGCUGAGACCUGGUUCAAGACUGAGACCUGGUUCAGGACUGAGACCCGGUGCAGGACUGAAACCUGGUUCAGGGCUGAGACCUGGUUCAGGACUGAGACCCGGUGCAGGACUGAAACCUGGUUCAGGACUGAGACCUGGUGCAGGAGUGAGACCUGGUGCAGGACUGAGACCUGGUGCAUUGAGCUGCUUGACGUCAGGAGAAGACGCGCGGCUGCUGCUCUGCAUGUUCGUCCUCAGUCACAGGAGACGUCGCUGCUCGUCCUGAUCUGUGUGAACCAGGAAGGAAUCUGUUGAGGACAAGGCCGAAUAUGUGACUGUUACUGAAUGUGAUGAACAUCAUCACAUUAAAUUCUGUUCUUUCACUUUGAUUGGGUUCAACUUUGCCAACAGUUUGAAAAUGUGAUUAUAAUUGAGGCUGCAUAAAGAAUGGUGUCAGGUGGCGCUGGGACCGAAGCUGCUGA